AUGGGGACGGCCGUCCUCUUUGGCCGUUUCUGUCUGCACCGUGGUGGAAGUUCGACCCAACUAUUGUCCCGCUUUGCUUCGCCGUCGCGAUUACGCUUUGCCUGUCCGCCAUCAUGGCCGCGAAGACAAUUCAGUGGAGGUGGCUAUUCGGGGUAUUCGAAAAGAGCCCCUGUGGCCAGGACAGUGCUACUGGCUGCCUUGACUCCAGGUGCCUUCCUGGAGCUGGCGGAGGAAGGGGACUCGGGUGACAAAACCGGGGAGUUACAUAUGCUGGAGGCAUCGCGUGCAGAAGUUCGGACUGGCGUCUCGAAGGAUGCGCGGGGGCUGAAGAGACUCCGUGAGCAGCUUUUUGUUCUGUGGUAUUGUUAUAUCUACGAUCCGAUCGCGACCGGGUUUCGAUUCGUGCACUUGGUGUUCAUCUUUAUGCCGGUCAUUCUCACAUUCCCGGUGGUUUGGUUUGGGAAACGACUGGAGGACCGCAGUGGAGAACGGGCAGGGACAUUAUGGUGGUUCCAAUUCUUGGUCCGGGCAAUGGAGCGUGCUGGUCCGGCGUUUAUCAAGCUUGGACAAUGGGCGGCUUCUCGAACCGAUAUCUUCCCUCCGGAAUUAUGCAGCAUUAUGUCCUCUCUCCAUUCCAACGCCCCAGCACAUCCGUUACACGCGACAAAGAAGACUAUAAGCAAAGCUUUCAAUGGGAUGCCGUUCGAGGAUAUCUUCGAAGACUUCCAGGAGGAACCCCUCGGUGUAGGCGCAAUUGCGCAAGUGUACAAGGCGAGACUGAAGCGGAGCUUGGCUUCUGAGGAUAAGGACAUCUCUCAGGAGCCCGAGAGCCUGCGAGGUAAGGUCCGAAAGAAUGUCGAUGUGCUGGUGAAGAGCUCGCCCAAACGGGUUCCAUCGUCAUAUGUGGCUAUUAAGGUGCUUCAUCCAAAGGUUGAACGGGUCAUCCGGAGGGAUUUGAGGAUCAUGUCUUUCUUCGCGUCCUUGAUCAAUGCCAUCCCUACAAUGAAUUGGUUAUCGUUGCCGGACGAAGUCGGACAGUUCGGAGAGAUGAUGAAGUUACAAUUGGAUCUUCGGAUUGAGGCGUCCAACCUCGCUAUCUUCCGUGAGAAGUUCAAGUCACGCACCACUGCUUGGUUCCCAUUCCCAUACUUGGAUUACAGUACCCGGGAGGUGCUGGUGGAGGAGUUUGCGCAGGGAAUUCCACUUUCAACCUUCAUGGAGCUCGGUGGAGGUGUCUAUCAGCAGGAGAUAGCAAGUGAAGGUCUAGAUGCGUUUCUGCACAUGCUGCUGAUCGACAACUUUAUUCACGCGGAUUUGCACCCGGGCAACAUUAUGGUACGGUUCUACCAACCAAGUGAGCUAGAUCUUUCGCUGCGAAAGAGCACCCGGGCAUCAGAAGCCCCGACAAAGGCUGAGGUCGAUGUAACGGAAAGCGUGCUUAAACGUCUAAAGCCGCAUCUAAAGGAUGCACAAGACUUUGAGAACGCACUCAACCAGCUAAAUGCCGAGGGAUACCGUCCACAAUUAAUCUUCAUCGACACCGGCCUAGUGACACAGCUCAAUGAAUCUAACAGGAGGAAUUUCCUCGAUCUCUUCCGCGCAGUCGCAGAGUUUGAUGGAUACAGAGCAGGCCAGCUAAUGGUUGAACGAUGCCGGCAGCCAGAUGCAGUGAUUGAUCCCGAUGUCUUUGCGUUGAGAAUGCAGCAUUUGAUUCUGAGCAUCAAGUCCCGGACGUUCGCGCUGGGGAACAUUAAAAUCGGUGAUAUCCUCAGCGAGGUUCUGUUCAUGGUGCGGGCCCACCACGUCCGACUCGAGGGUGAUUUUGUGAAUGUCGUUAUCUCAAUACUUCUUCUUGAAGGUAUCGGGCGUAGUCUCGAUCCGGAUCUGGACCUUUUCAAGCGUGCACUUCCUCUCCUACGUGAACUUGGAUCCGGUGCUUCAUUCAUGCAAUCCGUACGCUCGGGCGACACUUCUAUGCUGCGCGUUUGGGUUGGCCUUGAGGCACGUACGUUGCUCCAGGCCAGCAUUGAAAGCGUCGAGAACUGCGUCAAGUAUGAUUUGUUGUCGCCGAAUAUCUAG